ACUUUCGUUUCUCCCUCAGCUCCUCUCUUUGUGAAGCUCUGGCUCCUCUCUUGCCCUGUGACUUCCAACCACAGCUGCCCCUGGCCUGCUUUCUCUCUUCUAUCCCGAAUCUGGACUUCUGCACUGGGGACUGAAGGUGCAUGGGGCGGUUUGUGGAGGCAAAGGGUCGGAAACUUCUGGAAGAAAUAAUUGAAUUUGCUUGCCCAGCUACCCAGGACUCUGUGAGCAAGGAGAGCCUCCAGAGUCAGAACAGAAAGAAGCCAGAGAAGAGUAUCAAUGGCAUCUGCAAUCUUAGUGAACCUGCAGGAAGAGGUGACCUGCCCCAUUUGCUUAGAGCUUCUGAGAGAACCCCUGAGCCUAGACUGUGGCCACAGCUUCUGCCAAGCCUGUAUCACUGUGAACAGUAAGACAUCCAUGGUUAGCUCAGAAGGGGAGAGCACCUGUCCUAUGUGCCGGAUCAAAUACCAGGCUGACAACCUACGGCCUAAUCAGCAUUUGGCCAACAUAGUAGAGAAACUGAGGGAGGUCAAAGUGAGCCUGGAGGAGAAGGGGCAAACGGGAGAUGUCUGUGAGCGCCAUGGAGAGAAACUAUUGCUCUUUUGUAAGGAGGACGGGAAGGUUAUUUGCUGGCUUUGUGAGCGAACUGAGGAACACCGUGGUCAUCAUACGUUCCUUGUGGAGGAGGUUGCCCAGGAGAACCAGGCAAAACUCAAGGCAGCUCUUGAAAGGCUGAGAAUGAAGCAGAAGGAAGCUGAGAAGCUGGGAGCUGACAUCAGAGAAGAGAGGGCUUCCUGGAAGAAUCAGAUAGAGACUGAGAGACAAAAUGUCCAAGCACAGUUUAAUCAGCUGAGAGAUAUUCUGGACAGUGAGGAGCAGUGUGAACUACAAAAGCUGCAGAAAGAGAAGGAGAAUAUUAUGGAUAACCUGGCAGAGGGUGAGAAUGAACUGGCCCAGGAGAGCCAAUUGGUGGAAGAGCUCGUCUCAGAUCUGGAGCAUCGACUGCAGGCGUCCUCAGUAGAGAUGCUGCAGUGAGUGAUAGUCCCUGUUGCUCCAUAUCCUCACCAGCAUUUGGUAUUGUCAGUGUUUUGGAUGGUAGCCAUUUCAGUAGGUAUGUAGUGGCAUUUGUUGUUGUUUUAAUUUGAAAUUCCCUAAGGAUAUGUGAUGUGGAGCAUCUUUUCAUAUACUUAUUUGCCAUGUGUAUAUCUUCUUUGGUGAAGUAUCUGUUCAGAUCUUUUGCCCAUUUUUUAAAUUGGGUUAUCUGUUUUUUUUUUUAUUGGAAACCCUGGUGGCGUAGUGUUAAGCGCUGUGGUGCUAACCAAAAGGUCAGCAGUUCAAAUCCACCAGGAACUCCUUGGAAACCCUAUGUGGCAGUCCUACUCUGUCCUCUAGGGUUGCUAUGCAUCAGAAUUGACAAAACGGCAAUAGGUUUAGUUUUUCUUUUUGGGGGGGGGAGGUUUAUUGUUGACUUUUAGGAGUUCCUUGUAUAUUUCGGGUACAAGUCCUUUAUCAGAUUUGUGUUUUUACAAAUAUUUUCUUAAGUCUAUGGAUAAAUAAAUAAAUAAAUCUAGAUACUGACCUUAUACCUUUCGCAGAAGUUAACUCAAUAUUGAAUCACACACCUUAAUGUAAAACUCCAAGCUCUAAACCUUCUAUGAAAUAACAUAGGAUAAAUUGUAGGUGAUGAAUUUUUAGAUAAAAGACAAAAACUGUGAUUUAUGAAAGAAAAAAAUGAUCUAAGUUGGACUUAGUUAAAAUUAAAAACAUAUGCUCUGUGAAAGACAUUGUUGGCCUAGUCUUUGGAUACAUGAAAGAUGGAAAGUACAGUAAAGGUGAUUAAAUAUAUUGGCGUAUAUCUCUUCAAACAAAUUAAACAGUAUGACAAUGACGAAGAGCAGAUGGCUAAAAGCAAUUAAGGAUGUUGACUGAUCUGAGUUGGUAGAAACUGGAGUUUAGGGUAAGAUAUUGUUUUUAGGACUGUAAAUAAGUGGAUUUGGUAACGUUAUGGGUUUAAGAGAGGAAACAACAUGGCUGGCAGUCAGUAAUUUUGGUGUUAGACACCCUGAAUUUUCUGGUCUUUAGCUUCUUCACUACUAAAUCCAUUGGCCUGCAUUUAAGAGACAAAUCUGAGAAUAAGAUAGAGAAUUGGAAUUAACAGCACAUGUGUGUGAUGAAUUUAGAGGAAUAGAUGAGGUUACUUGCAGUUAGCGUACAGAAUGAGAAGAACAAGGCUUGAGAAAUAGCUGUGUAAAUAUACAAGUUUGCUUGUGCCCUCAGCAAGAACCAUGAAAGCUUUAUAGGACCGUUGUUAUUAAUUACUCAUCUUUGAUUCUCCAAAGCCUAGUAUGUUGUUAUGUCUUGUGCCACUGAGUCAAUUCCGACUCAUAGCAACCCUGUGGAAUAGAACUGGUUUCCUAGGUUGUUAUUUUUAUGGGAGCAGAUUGCCAGGUCUUUCCUCCCAUGAAGCACCUGGUACGUUCAAACCACCAACCUUUCAGUUAGUAGCUGAUUGCUUAACCGUUGUGUCACCAGUGCUCCUAAAGCCUAGUAUAAUAUGUAGCAAAUCAUAGUGUUUCAGUUUGCAUGUGUAUUCAAUAAAUGAGAGAACAAAGUAUUAUUCUAGUCAUUUCGUGUGAGGUACCUACCAUAAGCAUUUGGGAUGAAAAAAGAAUGAUGGGCCUUUUGUUUUUUUUUCGUACUGUAUUCCACUUCGUAUUGGAAACGUC